GGAGAGCGGCAGGGGCGUGCAGGCAGCCAGCCGGCUGCAUGGCGCGCUGCGAGCGGCUGCGYGGCGCGGCCCUGCGCGACGUGCUGGGCCGGACGCAGGGGGUCCUGUUCGACUGCGACGGGGUGCUGUGGAAUGGCGAGCGCGCCGUGCCGGGCGCUCCGGAGCUGGUGGAGCGGCUGUCGCGGGCCGGCAAGGCGGCGCUGUUCGUGAGCAACAACAGCCGGCGCGCGCGGCCCGAGCUGGCCCUCCGCUUCGCGCGCCUGGGAUUCGGGGGGCUACGCGCUGAGCAGCUCUUCAGCUCCGCGCUGUGCGCAGCGCGUCUGUUGCGCCAGCGUCUGCUCGGGCCGCGGGACGCGCAGGGCGUCGUGUUCGUGCUCGGAGGCGAAGGGCUACGUGCCGAGCUGCGCGCCGCGGGGCUGCGCCUGGCAGGGGACCCCGGCGACGACCCGGGCGUGGAGGGCGGCGCAGCCACGCGCGUGCGCGCCGUGCUCGUGGGCUACGAUGAGCACUUCUCCUUCGCCAAGCUGAGCGAAGCGUGUGCGCACCUGCGCGACCCUGAGUGCCUCCUUGUGGCCACCGACCGCGACCCUUGGCAUCCGCUUAGCGACGGCAGCCGGACCCCGGGCACCGGGAGCCUGGCAGCCGCCGUGGAGAUGGCCUCGGGGCGCGAGGCCCUGGUGGUGGGCAAGCCCAGCCCCUACAUGUUCGAGUGCAUCACCGAGCACUUCAGCGUGGACCCUGCCCGCACACUCAUGGUGGGCGACCGCCUGGAGACCGACAUCCUCUUCGGCCACCGCUGUGGCAUGACYACCGUGCUCACGCUCACCGGCGUCUCCCGCCUGGAGGAGGCCCAGGCCUACCUGGCGGCCGGCCAGCACGACCUGGUGCCCCAUUACUACGUGGAGAGCAUCGCGGACUUGACCGAGGGCCUGGAGGACUGAGCCCACCCGCCGCAGCCCAGCCCCGUCCUCCCCUUUCUGAGCCUGUAGGUGGAGGCCCGGGGCAGGAGUCUCCGUGGCCCACAGCCCCCUCCUCUGGCCUCUGCACUGGGGGGCUGGGCCCCAGGGAGGGUCUGCCGGCCGCUGCCCUCUCCCAGCGAUGGCCAGGCUCUCUGCUGAUCCAGGAGCCACCCAGCAGCCUGAAGGCUCCCCCGGCCUGACCCAGCCAGGCGACCUUACCUCGACCCAGCCUCCCCCUCCUCGAAACAUGGGCGCUGGUGCCAACCGAGGAUUCCCUGCCCCUUCGCCCUCCCUGGGGCCUCCAGAGCCCUGCCUGUCCCUGGGGUUUGUCCCCUUGGUUCCUGACCAGUCGGAGGUCUCAGAACCACAACCUCGCCCCGAGGGCUCCGUUCUGAAGCCAAGUGACAGUGGUUCACUAGUGUUGGGUCCUGAGUGGACCACAUAGGAGCUGAAGGAACAGUGACCCUUGCGUGUCCUAGAGCCCAGGGGUGCCAGUCAGAGGGCUAGGUGACAAUGAUCGGAGAACGUCCUAGGUCCUGGGUGGACCCAUCAGUAAUAACGACCCACUGGUCUCUUAGAUCCCAAAUAGAAUGAUCUAAAAGUCCUAGACACAGUGGCCUCUUGACAAUCUGGGUCCAAAUGGACCAGCCAGGGGUUCCGAGUCGGUACGUUAAGGGCCAAGUUUGAAGAUACCCCUCCCCAAAGACUGUGACCAAGAGCCCCACCCCUGCCUGAUCCCGGUACCUGUCCAGUGUUGAGGUGGCCACGGCUCGGGCGGGCUUCUUGCCCCCUUUGUGGUCAGUGUUUGCUGUGCCACCUUUCCCCCCCUCCUGUUAUUUAUUUAUUUAUUUAUACUGUGUGACAGUGACGGUGGGGGGGCUGGGCCUUCCCUGCCCCCUCCCUGGUUGUAACCAGUCCUCCCUGCUUAAUAAAGUCUGAGUGGG